GUAUGUUUUCGUCUGACACCCCAGAGGCUUUUUAGUCAAAGGCUCCGCACACAAGAAAACUUAUUCUAACGCAAUUGAACAUCCGCGCCACAGGGGGGCAAACAUGAGCGUCUGUGAAGAGCGUAGAAGAAGAGCGUCCUGAAAAAAGCUCCUCGGAUUCUAUGGAAAAAAACAGCACGUAGGCCGCAAAUGACUUCAAACCCCGACGUGUUCAUUACAAAGUAAAAGUAUCGUUUAGGGUUCGUGUGUAUCACGGUUGCGUGUCUUAACGCGGUGGAGCACUUUCUUUGAUACUGUGCCGGCACCUAUUAGGUCUUACCAGGACGAGGCUCCAGUCAAGGGAAAAAGCAGUCAAUUAUUUACUUCCCUGUACAUGUAAAGGGUCACCAAGGCACUCCAGACCUCAUACACAUGAGUGCAGUAUUCUCCUUGAGCUGGGCCCAGCGCCAUGCCUGAUCGGGACGGCUCCUACCUGUCAGGUGGUGGUGGGAGUGGUGGCAAUCUGAGCGAGGAGGGAGGACCAGGCUCUGCUUGCACUACAGAGGGCAGAGGGGGUUCAGGAGGGGUUGUUGGUGGCAUGGGAGGAGGAGGGGCAUUAGGCAAUGGCAGUAGUUGUGGGAAUGGGGGAGGUGCGAUGCAAGGAACUGGACUAACACCAGAUGGGGUUUGCAGGGAUUUUAUUCGCAAUGUCUGCAAGAGAGGGAAGCGUUGUCGCUUCAAGCAUCCCGACUUUAAUGAGGUACCAGACUUGGGGGUGCAAAAGAAUGAAUUCAUCUUCUGCCACGAUUACCAGAACAAAGAGUGCCUGCGUGUCAACUGUCGCUUUGUACAUGGAUCUAAAGAGGAUGAAGACUAUUAUAAGAAAAGCGGAGAGUUGCCACUCGCACUGAGAGGGAAAGUUGCAGCGCGACUUGGCCUCUCCCCCACUGAUCUGCCGCAUAGCAGAGGGGAGGUCCCAAUCUGCAGAGACUUUUUGAAAGGGGAAUGCCAGAGAGGCAGUAAGUGUAAAUUUCGCCAUGUCCAAAAAGACUAUGAAUAUGAGGCUGCCAGGGUUGGAGCAAGUGGCGUGAUCGGAGCUGGUGCAAGUGGAAUGGUGAAUGCAGGAAGUAGCAUCAGUGGUGGAGGAGCCGCAGGAGGAACCAGUGGGGGGAUUCCAGGACUUGUGGGAGGUGUGAGUGGAAAUAAUAUAAUUGGGAUGGGCUGCCCGAGCUUGGGCGGUUGCAGAGAUCCAAGCCUCGCAGGAGUCGGAGGCGUUAGUGUGGGAGGAAUGAGCGGCUGUCUGGCAGUAGGCCCCUCAGGACAGAGGCGUUUUGACAGGAGCUCUUUGUCGGUGUACGACCCCUUACUCGAGAGUGGGCUUUUCGAUUCCACAAGUCUGGACAGCUCAUUGGAGCAGACUGCCCUCCAGAUCAAAAGGCGGCGGUUGGAAGGCCUGCGACUUGGAGAUAGCAGCGUCAGUGGCCACUACGAGCUCGGAGUCCAGGCGGCCUUGCCUACGCGCCCUGUGGAGUACAGGUUGUUGGAGGAGGAGAACAACCUGCUGAGGAAGAGAGUGGAAGAGUUGAAGAAACAGGUUGCCAACCUCAUUGCCACAAAUGAAGUUCUCCUGGAGCAGAAUGCCCAAUUCCGAAGUCAGGCCAAAGUGAUGACGCCUGCCCCCACUGAGCAGACUCUGGCAGCCCCCGUGGGUGCGGUCAGCUCAUACAAUCACGGCAUCGCCCAGACUCACACCACACUGAGCAGCACCGGGCUGCAGCCUCGACCUGUCACCCAACAAGACCUGGUGGCGUCCACCGGUGCUCCCGCGGCGCCCCCGACAAACGCCGCCCCCCCGACGGCGCCUCCCCCUCACCUCAACCCCGAAAUCACGCCGCUGUCGGCCGCUCUGGCGCAAACCAUCGCCCAGGGGAUUGGCCCUCCCGUGUCAAUGGCGCCGGUGGCCGUGUCUGUGGCUCCGGUGGCCGUGUCCAUGACGCAGCCUCCGCCGGGCAUCACCAUGAGCCAUGCUACCACGCCCAUGGUGUCAUACCCUAUCGCCAGUCAGAGCAUGAGGAUCACCACUCUGCCUCAUAUUACCUGAUAUAAUUGGU